AAGCAAUUGUUCGCCAGGUACAUUGAUUCUGUUGGGUAACAUUUCUCUCGCAGUCCUUAUCGAUCGACUAGUACCUGAUUAGUCAAGCUAUGGCAGGCAGCUUUUUCCCAUAUCACGAGCCAGGGAUUGUACAAAUCUUGAUCAUCAUCUCCUUCUUUUUCAUCUUAUCUUUGUCGGAAUGGGCAUCCGCUAAGAUUAUCCGUGCGGGCAUCAUUGGUCAAAUUGCAGUUGGCAUUGUGUAUGGGAAACCCCUUGCCGAUAUUCUCGAAGACGAUUGGGAGACAACAUUUCUUGCCCUGGGAUAUGUAGGCUUGAUCCUUAUUAUAUUUGAAGGAGGUCUUAGCGCUCGCAUUGACCUUUUGAAGGCAAACUUGGUGCCGAGCAUGCUCGGUGCUGCCACGGGUGUCUGCUUUCCUAUAGGCCUAUCUUACCUCCUUCUUUAUCUCGGAUUUGGAUAUGGUGCUGUCGAAACCUUUAUUAUCGGGGCAGCCCUAUCGGCUACGUCGUUAGGCACGACGUUCGCGGUCAUUUCUUCAGCUUCCGGUACUGUAGAUCUCGCCCAGACACGGGUUGGCUCCGUUUUGAUUAGCGCAGCUGUUAUCGACGACGUUGUCGGCCUGGUUAUGGCUAGCGUCAUAGGAAAAUUAGGUCAGCUCGAGGGCGGCAACGACGUGAAUCUUGGCUGGCUUAUUGGACGUCCAAUAGUGGCAUCAAUUGCGAUGGCAACCGCCACGCCAAUUGUGACAAAGUUCUUUUUCGCCCCGAUCUUCCGGCGGUAUAUUGAGGAUUACUUUGCACGAUAUGAUCAUAUAUCUAAUAUUAUAUUGAUGAUCCUAUCUCUGUCUGCAUUUAUAAGCAUUGCAGCAUACACCGGCACAUCAGUUCUCUUUGGUGCAUUCUUAGCCGGGACAUUUCUUACAUAUAUACCGAGCAAGCAUCCAGAGGGACCCUUUGUCGUUAUGAGCCGUGAAGAGGGAGAGCGCUUCGCAGAUAAGAGUCCUACGUUUGUGCACACUUUCGAGAGAUACCUCAUGGAUAUUCAAAAGUAUCUCAUGGAGCCACUAUUCUUCGCGAGUAUCGGGUUUGCCAUUCCUUUUGUGCAGCUCUGGACGGGUAAACGGAUAUGGAGGGGCGUCAUUUUCACACUUCUCAUGGUGUUCGGAAAGCUUAUCGUUGGGGUAUGGCUACCACUAUGGACUUGGUGCCCUUUUAAUUCGCUAUUCCGGCGAAUUAAAGUCUGCAGCCCGAGGAAGAGCAGUGCUGGGGGAGAAGUUCAUACGACCCAAGGGAGUGAGGAGAAGAGAAGGAAACCGGGGACCAUCUGGCUUUCGGCAAUGUUGCUGGGCUCCGCCAUGGUAGCUCGGGGUGAAAUUGGUCUGUUAAUUGUUGAGAUCGGGUACAAUGAGACAGCGUAUGUCAGCGAGGAUGGUUUUAUUACGGCGGUCUGGGCAAUCUUGCUCAAUACCAUCCUUGGGCCCGCAACGGUGGGUAUUCUUGUCAAAUUCUACGGCAAGCGUAUAGGAAACGGCGAAUGGGGUUUACAAGAUUCUGUGGCACCGGGAGAGGGGUCACACAUUAGCUCUCAAGUUGUAUCAUCAGCAUGAACAAUAUUGGACUACUCCCGCGUGACAAUAUAAACAUUCGUCUUCCAAGGUCUCCUGUCCACUACCUGUCACCUUUUACGUAGUUGACACGUAUAUUCCGCAUAUAUUCACUAGAACAAGACGUGGGGAAAGGAAAUUUG